GGGUCCUCGCAGCCUGGAAGCCGCUCCGGAGCUGCCUGUUCGCGCGAGAGUUUGGAGGGGCGGGUUUGGGGUCGGUCUCCGGUGUAGGGCUCGCACGGCAGCGCUUCGGAGCCGUGCGUAGCCGGCCGCUUAGAGUGCGGGGAGCUGGGUCAGGCAGUCGCUGGGUCACCCUUGCCUGGAAAGUGGCGGAGCGCUCUGGAGAAGCCUGGACAGCCUCGCUCCCCCGCAGCCAGGUGCUACGGUCGGGAGUAAAGUGAGAGUCCGGCCGUCUUCGAGCGCCUGGGCCACGGCGGCGGCCCUGGGAGCAGAGGUGGAGCAACCCCAUUACUCUAAAGAUGAAAGGCUGGGGUUGGCUGGCCCUGCUUCUGGGGGCCCUGCUGGGAACUGCCUGGGCUCGGAGGAGCCAGGAUCUACAUUGUGGAGCUUGCAGGGCUCUGGUGGAUGAACUAGAGUGGGAAAUCGCCCAGGUGGAUCCCAAGAAGACCAUUCAGAUGGGCUCUUUCCGAAUCAAUCCAGAUGGCAGCCAGUCAGUGGUGGAGGUGCCUUAUGCUCGCUCAGAGGCCCACCUCACAGAGCUGCUAGAGGAGGUAUGUGACCGGAUGAAGGAGUAUGGGGAACAAAUUGACCCUUCCACCCACCGCAAGAACUACGUACGUGUAGUGGGCCGGAAUGGAGAAUCCAAUGAACUGGACCUACAGGGCAUCCGAAUUGAUUCAGACAUCAGUGGCACUCUCAAGUUUGCGUGUGAGAGCAUUGUGGAGGAAUAUGAGGAUGAACUCAUUGAAUUCUUUUCCCGAGAGGCUGACAAUGUUAAAGACAAACUUUGUAGUAAGCGAACAGAUCUAUGUGACCAUGCCCUGCACAUAUCGCAUGAUGAGCUAUGAACCACUGGAGCGGCCCAGACUGACAGGCUUGAUGGAUCACCCCCAGGAGGGGAAGAGGGUGGCAAUGCCUUUUAUAUUAUGUUUUUAUUGAAAUGAACUGAAAAAUUGUGAAACCAAAA